UGGGAGGAGCAUGCAGACGAUGUUGAGAAGGAUUAACUUGAAAUGCUAGGCCCAUGAUAGUAAUGGGACGUCAUGUCACAUAUUUAAUGGAUAAAGUAUAGCUACCUACAACACAAUGGUAUCAGGACAACUUACAUAUUAAGCCUGCACGAUAAUUUACAGAAUUUUGAAUUAGAAUAUCAGGAAACGGACAGUUGAAAAGUUAGUCAUGGAUGACUUUUCAUCAACGAGGUGUAUCUUGGAUGAAUCAUCUGAAUGGGAUCACGACGAAGAGGACGUCAAACUCACACCAUCUCAUAAAACAGCCGCCACUUCGUACCCUGAGCAGCUGGCCAGUAGAACAAGCAUAAAUUGUGACAGGAUGGACAGCGGUCAAGCAACUGCAGAUCCUCUUACCUCUGAUAAACAUCGGUCAGGUGCUGAAGUAAGAAACAGGGCAACGACAAACAGUGGACUUCUCCGUUCUAUUGACCAGGUUUUCUACAACUCCAUGGAAUCUCAACCGAACAGAAUGACAGUCGGUUGUUUGAAUGGCGGAAAAUCCAAGAUGUCCUCCAACCGAAUUCCAGGAUGGGCCUGGACCCUACUGGUGCACAUUUUAGGAAUCAAGUGCCAUGAAUCUAAUAUGAAAACGAAAUGCUUGGCAAUUUUUUUGCAACUUUUUACCAUCUUAAUCGCCUGUACUUUCACAGUGAGUGGAGUUAUACAUACUGUUUACGACGUCAUGUCGAAAUUCUCCGAUACAACUUUACUGAUUGGAAUCGUGAACCUGAUCCUUGGGUUUAGUUGGAUAUGUUUGGGAAUUUAUUCAAAUAAACUUUCGAAGAAACUUUUCAGUAAUCGUAACUUUGUGGAAAGUGUUCGGAUACACUCGCGGACAUUUUUUAAAGUCAGUGCGGCUGGACUUUUGAUAUUUCUUGGUACAGUGGCUAUAAUCAUCAAUGGUUAUAUCAAAUAUACAGAGUUCGGUCCACGCCAUUGUCAGACGCUAAAUAUAAAUACCGUCAUAUGUCAUGUGAUGUAUACCUCCCAUGUGUCAUUCUCAGUUAUCUCCCUUCUAUGGAAUUUACUAGUUGGUUGUAUGUUGCUCUCCGUCUGCAGAACACACACUAUCGGUGUACGCCGGUUUAUCAGAGUGCUUGAGCACGAUGCCAAAUUAUACAUGGACAUCUGUAGCGGAACUCAUACGCGGCUAAAGUCUAACAGUGACGAGGAUAUGGACCUGAUAUCUUGUGCAUCAAGCAGGUCGGAGUGGUUCAUUUGGGAUGACGAUGGAAACAGAGAUGGAUUUUCUGACAGUUCUGUACAUGAAAACACAUUCCAAAAUUCACGGGGGAUCAUCAGCUCAGUAAACUCUGGCGAUCAGCCAGAGAGAUUAAGAGACUCGACUUUGCCUGGACAUUUGCACUCUAGGGGAAACGCCCACUCAAAUGGACACACCCACUCAGGGGCACACGCCCACCCAGAGGAACUGUCCCACUCGGGGCAUGCACAUCCAGCCAGUUACAGCUCACAGUUUGAGGAUUCUUUGGUGGAGGACAAAACACUGACCAGAAGCGUUCUUUCUAACGAGGAGCUACUGAUGUGUUACUGGAAGAUCUCGCACCGCAUGCGGAUCACAUCAACGUGCCUGCAGCGAUGGCUGGCUAGCUGGAUUCUGUUCGUGUUGGUUUGGUGCGGAGACUACAUUCUCUAUUGGAUCAGUCACGACGCCAUCAUCUGGGAGGUCAUCGAGUGCAUCAUCCCACUACUCCUACUGCUCAUCGUGUGUUCCGCCUUCGCUGAGGCCAACGGGGAAGGCCAGAGAAUGAUCAGAUGUAUUUGUCCAACAGAGAACAGACUGAAGCUAUUGUAUUUCCUAACUCAACAGCCACUUCAGAUGCAAGUUUUCAAUUUCUCCAUCACUUACAAUGCCGUAUUUGGUGUUGUGGCAGCCUUUACCGUGGCCUUCGCCUCUAGGAUCAUCUUGGAUGAAGUCUACAGUGGCAAAUAGGAAUUAUAAUGUGGCACAUUUUCCUUGAUGUACCUUGAUGACCCUUUUAUACCCUAAAAAUCUCGGACAAAGUUUAGAGUGGUAAACUGAAUCACAACACACUUUUCAUGAAUUUAAACUUAAAUAAUUUGUGAAAGUGAAUGAAUGACUGCCAUUUUGAUGCCAUAUUUAUCCAGCAAUAAGCCCACCCCACCCAUAUGUUAUUUUAUUGUCCUAUAACUGUGAUAAGCCCCCUCCCUGCUUUAAGUCAGACAUUAUUCCCCGGAACUCCGGUCUUCCUCCACCAUCCAAACAUGACACAUCCUUAAAUGACCAUAGCUGUCAAUAGAACGUAAAACACAAACAAACCAACGGAGCAUUUCCUUGAUGUGCCUUGGUGACCGUGUUAUACUGUAAAAAUCUCAAACUUUAGAGUGGUAAAAUGAAUCACAGCGAACUUUUAUAAUGCAUAUUUAAAUUUAUAUAGUUUGUUUACAUAAGUAAAGGACUGUCUUCUGAUGCCCUGUUUAUCCAGCAAUAAGCCCAUGUUUUGUAAUAAGCCCACCCAUAUGUUAUUUCAUUGUCCUAUAACUGUAUUAUAACAGGCUUAUUAGAGGACAAAUACAGUGAUAUAUACAGUAUAUAAUACCGUAAAGUACCUUGGAGCUACCACUAGCCCUCCACCACUGGGUCGCUGGUUCGAGACCUACGUGAGGGUCACCAGGUACUGGCUGUUGGUUUGUGGUUUUUCUUUGAGAACUCCGGCUUUCCUCCACCACCAAAACCUGACACGUCCUAAAAUGACCA